AUGGCAUCUGCACCCGCCACGCCGCCAGUACCCUACACUCGUCUCAAAGAAAUCACAGAGAAUGCAUGUGAGGCCGCACUGGCAGGGGUCUCGUCAUAUUCCCACCCGGAUACAGAGUCCUGGAAUACCACCAUAAUCAACAGCAUCUUGGGCGCAUUGGUCGAGGAAACGGCCCCGAAGCCCGUCUCGGGGUCAUCUCCCGCUCAGCCGCAAUUCAAGUACGUGGUCAACAGCACGAUCAUCCAGCACGCGGCUGCUUCGUCAACGUCCAGCGACGGUCCCAAGAAGAUAAGUGGUCGCAGAGGCAUGCACGCAGCCAGCGGGGCAUAUUGGAAUAACGAGAAAGAUGGCAUGUGGAGUUUCAAGUAUCCUGGUGCAGACAGUAAGGGAUUGGAUGUCGUUAUUGGCAUCAUCUGGGUCUGGGUUGGAUAG